AUGGGGAUCGAUACAAGAUCUCGGACAAAGGACUGCUCCUGGUUUGCUUUUUAUUUGGCUCUACUCCUUUUCGGAAAAACGGCUUUGGCUCAGAUAAGGUACUCUAUUCCUGAGGAGGUACAAGAGGGGACUGUUGUUGGAAAUGUUGCGAAGGAUCUUGGCCUUGACAUCAACUCUUUGCUUGCUCGACGGUUCCGUGUUGUAUCUGGAAGUAAGGACGCUAUUUUUGAGGUAAACCAGAAUAACGGGGCAUUGUACGUCGACAAACACAUCGACAGAGAGGAGCUCUGUCAGGGCAGCGGCGCUUGCCUGAUGGAGCUAAAAAUCCUCGUUGAAAAUCCUCUGGAAAUACACUAUGUAAUUGUAGAAAUUACUGAUGUAAAUGAUCACUCUCCUAUUUUUCCCGAAACAGAACAGAUAUUUGAAAUAGCUGAGCAUACAUUGCCAGGACGGCGAUUUCAACUGCACACUGCUCGUGAUCCCGACGCUGGCAUUAACUCUAUUCGCACAUAUACUUUGACGUCAAAUGAACAUUUUGAUGUAAAUAUUCGUCAAAGCGAUGUGGAUAAGAUUCCAUUUUUAGUGCUGAAGAAACCUUUAGACAGAGAACAAAAGAACAAACACACGCUAGUGGUUACAGCAGUUGAUGGAGGUAAACCUCCAAAAACAGGGAAACUUAAUGUUUCUAUUAUUGUUCUUGACAGUAAUGAUAAUCGUCCGAUGUUUAGUCAGGAAAUUUACCAAAUUGUAAUAAAUGAAAAUGUUGCUGUCGGUACUUCAGUAUUUAGAAUGAAUGCAACAGAUCUUGAUGAAGGUACUAACGGGGAAAUUGAGUACAGCCUUGGAAAAACCUUGAGGCGGAAAGUCUAUGAAAUGUUUGAAUUGGACAAAUUAACUGGAGAAAUUAGAGUUAAAGGGGUGGUGGACUAUGAGGAAAACGACGCAUAUGAACUGGAUGUUGAGGCAUCAGAUAAAGGAACACCUCCACUAGCAGGUGAGUGUAGAGUCAUUAUAAAGAUAAAAGACGUUAACGACAAUCCACCGGAAAUAGAUGUGACAUCACUGUCAAAUACUGUAUCCGAAGACUCAAAGCCUGGCACCGUUAUUUCUCUUAUUAGUGUCACCGAUAAAGACUCGGGUGUCAAUGGAAAAAUGAUUUCGCACAUAUCGAAUGACACACCUUUUGAAUUAAAGCCCUCCUAUAAGGAGAAUACGUACUCUAUUGUCACAAAGGGAGUUUUGGAUCGAGAGAAAGUGUCACAUUAUGAAAUAACAAUAAAAGCCACCGACUGUGGUGAACCUCCCUUAUCUACUGUUAAAACUCUGAGUAUUCAGAUAUCAGAUGUAAAUGACAACAGUCCACAUUUCCAACAUGUCCCUUAUGAGUUUUAUCUCGCAGAAAACAAUGUCCCAGGAAGAUCAAUUUUCUCUGUAAGCGCAAAGGACGAUGAUUUGAGUGAAAAUGCAGCUAUUUCAUAUCAUAUUGUCAGAGAAGGAAUUCAAAAUGACGUAACGUCAUUCCUAAAUAUAAACUCUGAUAAUGGACACAUCACAGCGCUAAAAAGUUUUGACUUUGAAAGCCUGAAAACGUUCCAGUUCCAAGUUGUUGCCUCAGAUUCUGGAACUCCGUCACUGAGCAGCAACGUCACAGUGAACGUGUUCAUUCUGGAUCAGAACGACAACGCUCCAGUCAUCCUGUAUCCAGUCAGCUCUAACGGUUCUGCUGAAGGUGUGGAGGAGAUUCCCCGCAAUGUGAACGCAGGACACCUGGUGACUAAAGUCAGAGCCUAUGACGCUGAUAUAGGAUAUAACGGCUGGUUACUGUUUUCACUGCAGGAAGUUACUGACCACAGUCUCUUUGGUUUGGACCGCUAUACAGGACGGAUCAGAACACUUCGCUCAUUCACAGAGACAGACGAGGCUGAGCAUAAACUGGUCAUACUGGUGAAAGACAAUGGGAACGUCUCACUCUCAGCAACAGCUACUGUGAUGGUCAAAGUUGUGGAGCCCAAAGAGGCUUUUGCUGCUUCUGAUGUUAAAAGUGCCACAAAGGAUGAUGAGGACAGUAAUGUGACUUUUUACCUGAUGAUAACUUUGGGCUCAGUCUCAACACUUUUUCUCAUCAGUAUCAUCGUGCUGAUUGCAAUGCAGUGCUCUAAAUCCACAGAGUACACUUCUAAAUACCUACAAGAGACUAAUUAUGACGGGACACUGUGUCACAGCAUCCAGUACAGAUCUGGAGAAAAACGCUACAUGUUAGUGGGACCCAGAAUGAGUGUAGGAUCUACUAUAGUCCCGGGCAGCCAUGCGAACACUCUAAUGCUCCCUGACAGGAGGUCUGCGACUGCAGAGACAAUGGAACAAAGCGGUCCGGACUCAUGGCGACAGGGAGGCAAAAGGAUGGCCUUUGUGCUGUUUCUCAGUCUGAUUUUCGGCAAGGCAUCGGGACAGAUACGAUAUUCUAUAUCUGAGGAGAUCAAAGAAGGGACUUCUGUUGGGAAUAUUGCAAAGGAUUUGGGAAUUGAUCCAAUUAUAUUAAAAGCCAGGGGAUUUCGUAUCGUUUCUGGCACCACUGAACCCCUUUUCCAGGUAAACCAAAAUGAUGGGAUUUUAUACGUAAAUCGUAACGUUGACCGUGAAGAAAUAUGCCAGCGGACCAGUGUGUGCUUGAUAAACCUUAAGACAGUGCUAGAGAACCCACUGGAGAUCCAUUAUGUUGCUGUGGAAGUGUUAGACGUAAAUGACCAUUCGCCCUCUUUCCCGGAAGACAACAAAAGGAUAGAGAUUUCCGAGUCCACUUUACCGGGAACCAGAUUUCAGUUGCAUGCUGCUCUGGACCCAGAUGGUGGUGUGAAUUCCGUUCAGCAGUACAAACUAAGUCCUAAUAAUCAUUUUCGGCUGGAAGUGAAAGAUAGCGGAAAAGAUGGCAAAGUGCCUAUUUUACAAUUACAAAGCCCGUUAGACAGAGAGGCCUCUAGCAGCCACAGACUACUGCUUACUGCCCUGGAUGGAGGUAAACCCUCUAAAUCAGGGUCCAUGGAAAUAUUUAUAGAUGUUCUAGAUGUGAACGAUAAUGCCCCAGUUUUUACAGAAGAAGUAUAUUCUGCAGAGAUAAAUGAAAAUUCACCUAAUGGAACAAUAGUCAUACGAGUAAAUGCCACGGAUAGGGACGACGGUUUAAAUGGAGAUGUUAGCUAUUCUUUCGGCAAUAUAAAUAGUAAGAUACGUGAACUGUUUAACGUCAACCCGAUCACAGGUGAAAUAACUGUGAAAGGACAGUUAGACUAUGAAGUGGAUGACAGUUAUGAGAUAAAUAUUCAAGCAUCUGACAGCGGCACUGUUCCAUUUAGAACAGAGAAAAGUGUUACUGUAAAUAUUAAAGACAUGAAUGACAAUAAACCUGUAAUUGAGGUGAUGUCACUCUCAAGCAAAAUUUCGGAAGAUUCCAGACCAGGAACAACGGUAGCACUUCUUAGCAUUACGGAUUUGGACUCUGGAGUAAACGGGAAAGUUUUCAGCUUUGUGAAAGGCGAUGUCCCUUUCACACUAACGCCUUCCAUACAGGACAACAUGUACACUGUCGUGACAAAGUCACAGCUUGACAGAGAAAACAAAUCGAUUUAUGAUGUAACUAUUAUCGCAAAAGAUGCAGGUGAACCAGCCUUAACAACUGAACAGAUGUUGAGAGUUAUUGUAUCCGACGUUAACGACAACAGCCCAGAGUUCUCAAUGAGGCAAUACAAUUUUUACGUCAACGAAAAUAACCCUCCAGGAGUGUCGGUAUUUUCCUUAAUCGCGUCGGAUCAUGACGAGGGAGAUAAUGCUCUUAUUUCAUAUCAUAUUCUCAGAGAUGCAGCUUAUGCAAAUAAAGUGACGUCAUUUCUGAACGUAAACUCUGAAAAUGGAGAUAUUUUGGCUCUAAAAAGUUUUGACUUUGAAACCCUGAAAACGUUCCAGUUCCAAGUUGUUGCCUCAGAUUCUGGAACUCCGUCACUGAGCAGCAACGUCACAGUGAACGUGUUCAUUCUGGAUCAGAACGACAACGCUCCAGUCAUCCUGUAUCCAGUCAGCUCUAACGGUUCUGCUGAAGGUGUGGAGGAGAUUCCCCGCAAUGUGAACGCAGGACACCUGGUGACUAAAGUCAGAGCCUAUGACGCUGAUAUAGGAUAUAACGGCUGGUUACUGUUUUCACUGCAGGAAGUUACUGACCACAGUCUCUUUGGUUUGGACCGCUAUACAGGACGGAUCAGAACACUUCGCUCAUUCACAGAGACAGACGAGGCUGAGCAUAAACUGGUCAUACUGGUGAAAGACAAUGGGAACGUCUCACUGUCAGCAACAGCUACUGUGAUGGUCAAAGUUGUGGAGCCCAAAGAGGCUUUUGCUGCUUCUGAUGUUAAAAGUGCAACAAAGUAUGAUGAGGACAGUAAUGUGACUUUUUACCUGAUGAUAACGUUGGGCUCAGUUUCAACACUUUUUCUCAUCAGUAUCAUCGUGCUGAUUGCAAUGCAGUGCUCUAAAUCCACAGAGUAUACUUCUAAAUACCUACAAGAGACUAAUUAUGACGGGACACUGUGUCACAGCAUCCAGUACAGAUCUGGAGAAAAACGCUACAUGUUAGUGGGACCCAGAAUGAGUAUAGGAUCUACUAUAGUCCCGGGCAGCCAUGCGAACACUCUAAUGCUCCCUGACAGGAGGACACCUGGAGAGGUAAGAAAAAAUGCAGUGCUUCAAAGCAUGUUUACUAGCAAGCACUUCCUAUUUCCCGCUGAGUGUGUAUGCAUACUUGAACAAACAUAUGUCCAAAACGACUUCAUACAAUGA